CAGACUCAACUCAGCUUUGAACAAGCCAUGUCGUGCUCGCCAUCGUCCGACGCCAUGGAGCAUCCGUUCCUCCAGAUGCCUUUGCAUCUCUUAACUCUGAUCCUCUCAGAGCUCGACGACAUGCAGUCGCUGGGAUCGGCUAUCAGGAGCCAUCGGCUGCUGUACGCAGCGUAUCGGGACGACACCAAUACCGUCCUUAAGUCCAUCCUCCGAAAUCAGAUUCCACCCGGCCUCAUGCGAUAUGCAGUCGUCGCCCACGACGCGCGCCACAUUGAUCGCGACGAUAAAGAAGCCCUGGACCAACUUCUAGUUGAAACGCUUGGCCGCCGCGACAGGCGCGGUCUUACUUUCCAUCAGCGGUUUCUCAAGUACAGGAUCGAGAACAACGCCGCCGCUCCCGCGCUCGCCGCUGCGCUAAGCAGCACGCACUCUGUCGUCCAGCACUUCUCCCGCCGGUUUCUCGCCGACACCUUGCCGCUCGCGCCGGAGGUGUUCGGUCCUGCUCGUUCCCGGUCCGCCGAGGCCUCAGCGGACGAGAUCUUCCGCGCAUGCAGGGCCCUCUACCGCUUCGAGAUAUACUGCAACGUGGGGUUCCGUGACGAUGAUAAUGGCGAGCCGGGCGGAGACCUCAGCCAGGGGUGGAGCUCCGUCCGCAAGGGAUGCCAAGAGUACACCCACUUCCGUGCCUUCUCGCCCUGGGUGAAUGAGCAACUUGCCUGUAUGCAUGACUACCUGGAACGAGUACUAUCAAGAGUAUUUGACGAGAUUGCGGCUCAUGACGUGGAAUGGGGCGCCAAGUCGGUGGACUGGCUCUCCCGAGGAAAGGAAAACAUGCAUAAGCAGGCCUACCUUUCGUACGGAUUACAUUUCCUCUUCCGGGUCGACCGUGCUGAGGGCUACGAACAGCGAUUGCAGCUCCUUAAGUCCAAAGGCCUGCCGCACACUUCUUCUUUCUUAGCUGCCCACCUCCACAGGGCUCCUCCUCAAGAUGUCUGCAGGUGUUGCCCACCGGGGAAGUACCUUCUAGGAGACCGUAGAUGGACUAGACAGGAGAUCGAGUCUGAACUCAGAGCCAGAGAUACUGACGGCCCUGAUGACCUUGAUUCUGGUCCGUUCGACAUAUGGUGGUAUGUGCACAAACAUUCCUUCGUACAAGAGUCCGUCUUUCAAGGUGAGAACUCCCUUCUUAGACAUUACGGAUACGUGAUGUGGGAUGUUCCUAGGACGUUUGACAGGGGCGAAGUGCGCAGCCGUGUUCGUGCCGCCCGCCGCCAAGCUGUUGCCGAUCAUGAUGAGGUCGAGAAAGGUAGAGGCCAGAUGGAACGCUCGUGGCGGGAGAGGGCUGCCGUUUAUGAAGACGGUGGACGCGGUUACUGGAGCGAGGCUGACUUGAGCCGCAUUAAUUGGGCAUGAGAGAGGGAAGACACCUCCUAGAUGCCCUGUGUAUGCUUCAAGCCGGUGUAACUACAUAGGUAGAUGUGAAUAAUCCUUGCCUUUGGA